GUGCGUUCGGGAAGCGCACUUUUGGCGCUAUGAGCGCGCUUUGGUCAUUCGUGGAGCCGCUUUAUAGCACCAAUAAAGUGAUGUUGACGUCAUUGUUUUUGCCUUGUGACGUCAUCACUCAUGCUAACUCGUGCUCAGGAUUUCGAGGGCGUACUAGUCACCUUAGAAGACAUCAACACCGGUCUAGUUUAUACAACGCGUCUCUCACCAAAAGAUGCGCACAGAGUAGAAACCGAUACUGUUUUUGCUUCUGAAGUUCUGUCUGUAUUAAAGAAAAGCCAAGGGGAGUCAAGUUCAUCAAGCUCCAUGAUCUCAACGGCAUCAACUUUAGAUGCCGAAAUUCCUGAAUCAGAACCAGAUUCGGUCUUCAAAUGGUCGCAUCAGGCUGUUCUCCUUCUAAUUGAGGAGUAUCGGAAGAGAGAGGAAGAUGUCAUAUCAGGCAAAAUAUCGCAAAAGCGAGUGUGGAAGUCGAUCAGUGAAGUUCUUUGUAGGCAUGGACAUGAUGUUACUGGCCCACAAUGCCAAAGCAAAUUUAACGGGAUGAAGAGAACAUUUAAAUCCAUCAAAGAUCACAAUUCUAAAUCAGGAAAUAAUCCUCGGUCCUGGCCUUAUACUGAGGUGAUGGAAUCUUUGUUAGGAGAGAAACCUUUUAUGAAUCCUGUUGCUCUGGCUUCCUCUUCAAAUCGAGCUCACAUAGAGAAUGAGAGUAGUGACGUCUCUUCAGUCGACAGUGACACCUCUGUUGGCUCUUCAAACUCACGCAAGAGGAAGACCUCUCAAAUUGCAGAGGUCAUUAUGAAAAGCCGAAGGAUGGCCGAAGAAAAUAUAUUAAAACGCCAUCAGCAGACAAUGGAUCAGCGGACUGAAAUUUUAAAUGCUUUAAAUAAGCUUAUUAAUAAAUUGCAAGUAUGUAAUAUCCUCUUGAUCAAAUUAUUAACCUUUAAGCCAAAUCUACAAUCUAUUUUUUGAAUUUUUGUUUUCUGCCUUUUUGGCUCUAUAUAAAGUAAUAUUUUUCUUUGAAAAUUCAGAAAGGACUAAUUGUAAAAGACUAUAUUUC